UAAAGGAAAUCAGAAGCUUAUAUAUAAGUGGGAAUUUUGGUUUCUUGAAUCCAUGCAAAGUCUGCUUUUAAUUUCUACAAAUACUAUAGCAAGAAGUAGUCAUCAUCACCCAAGAAAAUGUCGUCAAAAAAUUUCAGUUUUCUCAGUUUCCAUGGCCUAUCAAAAAAAACCUCAUCAGUAAAACCAGUCCACUCAAGAAUCUACAGAGAAAAACAAAUCUCUAAUGUUAGUGUGUCACCAAAAUCUUUCCAACCAAAUGAAGAAGAGAUGAAAUGGGUGUUUUCCAAAUUUGACACCAACAAAGAUAGCAAGAUUUCACGUCAAGAGUACAAGUCAGCCGUAAGGAGCUUGGGCAAGGGAAUGGACGAAGCUGAAAUGGCCAAGUCAUUUGAGGCUACUGAUACAGAUGGGGAUGGCUUCAUAGAUUUCAAGGAGUUCAUGGUGAUGAUGAAUAACGUGGGAGAUGGAGUGAAGACUAGUGAUAUUCAAAGUGCGUUUCAAGCUUUUGAUUUGGAUGGAGAUGGGAAAAUAAGUGCAGAGGAAUUAAUGCAAGUCUUGAAGAAGAUGGGAGAGAGAACUAGCUUGGAUGCUUGUCGAAAAAUGAUAAGAGGUGUAGAUACCAAUGGUGAUGGCUUGAUCAACAUAGAUGAAUUCAUGAACAUGAUGACCCGUACCAUGAAAUCUUCCUAGAGGUAGAAAACUUUUUAUUGAUCUUAGAAUGAUUAUAUGCUUAAUGGCAUUUAAUUAAGUUGAUCAUCCAUGUCAGAAUUUGGAAAUUCACAAUUGUCACCUUUAUGAUUUGGCUCUACAAUUCGAAUCACAAUGAGAAAGAAGUAAAUGGGCAAGCCAGUUGACUUAUUCUGAAUCGCUAUAGAGUGAAAUAGCCUUUUUCUUUAAUUUCUAGGGCAUGAGUGCUUAUGUUUGUUGAAACGAGUCAAAGAAGAAUAUCUCUAAUUUGCCUUGAUUCUAA